GUGUGCCCGCCUCACGGAGCUCUGUUCUCGGCUUGGCGACGCCGCUUGCGCGCAAAGGAGACUCCGCGCAAAGUUUCCUCGAUGGCGCUGGUGAUGGAGCCGGUGAGCAAAUGGAGCACGAGCCAGGUGGUGGACUGGAUGAAAGGUCUGGACGACUGUCUGCAGCAGUAUGUGUGUGUGUUUGAGCGUGGAGGGGUGUGUGGAGAGCGGCUGCUGAGGAUCAGCCACGCCGAGCUGGAGGAACUGGGAGUUUCUCGGAUCGGACACCAGGAGCUCAUCCUGGAGGCCGUGGACUUGCUCUGCGCUCUGAACUCAGGUCUGGAGACGGAGAGCGUCAGGACUCUGGCUCACAAACUCGGCGCCUCGGCCAAGAACCUGCAGAACUUCAUCUCCGGUCGCCGCAGAAGCAGCCAAUCAGAAAGCAGGUCCUCGCGGCGGCUGCCCAACGAUCUGCUGACCUCUGUGGUCGACCUCAUCACCGCCGCCAAGAGCCUGCUCGCCUGGCUGGACAGGUCUCCGUUUGCUGCAGUGGCAGACUACUCAGUAACCCGAAAUAAUGUCAUUCAGCUCUGCCUGGAGCUCACCACCAUUGUACAGCAGGACUGUACCGUGUUUGAGACGGAGAACAAAAUCCUUCAUGUGUGUAAGACCCUGUCCGAGGUGUGUGAGCACAUCGUGUGUGUGUCAUCAGACCCUCUGGUUUCCCAGUCGGCUCAUCUGGAGCUGGUUCACCUCACCAACAUCAAAUCCUCUGAUGGCCUGGGAAUGUACAUCAAGUCGACCUACGACGGCCUGCACGUGAUCACGGGAACCACUGAAGGGUCUCCGGCCGACCGCUGUAAGAAGAUCCAUGCAGGAGAUGAAGUCAUUCAAGUCAAUCACCAGACUGUGGUGGGCUGGCAGCUGCGUAACCUGGUCGGCUCGCUGAGGUCCGAUAAGGGCGUCGUGUCCCUGACCCUGAAGAAGCGUCCGCAGAGCACGCUCAGCUCCGCCCCCGCCCUGCUGAAGAACAUGCGCUGGAAACCCCUGGCUCUUCAGCCAACCAGAAGUCCAGGCAGCGGCUCCGGCACUCCCUCAGGCACACCCACCAAGACCUCGGCCCUCCACGACCUCUUCAUCCCCCCCCCGCCCGCUGAGCCCUACACACCCAGAGACGAGACGGGAGCCCUGUCUGGAGACGAGGCUUCUCGUAACCAUGGCGUCGUCAGCCUCGCCAAACGCUCCGAGUCACCGAACUCCUUCCUGGACCAGGAGUCCCGCCGGCAGGAAGAGGAGGAGCCUGUGUACUGCACCACGCCCACAUAUGGCAGGCUGAGGCCCAUCUCCAUGCCUGUGGAGUGUAACUGGGUGGGCGACUAUGAAGACCCAGCCAAGCUCAACAGAGAAAGUCGCAGAGAGGCGUCACUCAUGCGCUACGUGGGGCUGCCCGGUGCCGACGAGCGGACCGGCUCCGACGACUACUCCUCCCACACGGCUCGGCCGGGCAAACGGACCAAUGACACGACCAAACGAGCCAAGAGGCGGAGCCACCACAGCCAAAGCCCCUCCCACUAUGUCCUGCAGACAAAUCAGAGGGAUUCCCCGCCCAAAGACCCCGCCUCCAUCUAUCACACAUACCAGCAGUCUUCCUCUCUGCAGUCCAAGACCAGGAAGAAGAAUAAAGGACGUGGUUUGGCCUCCCUGAGUCGGAGGCGUGUUUCCUGCAAGGCGCUGGGCAGAGGAGACUGCGAGGGCUGGCUCUGGAGAAAGAGAGACGCCAAGGGUUAUUUCUCCCAGAAGUGGAAGAAGUACUGGUUUGUUCUGAAGGACAACUGCCUGUACUGGUACAUCAACGAGGAGGAUGAGAAGGCCGAGGGUUUUGUGAGUCUUCCAGAGUUCAAGAUCGACCGGGCCAGUGAAUGUCGCAAGAAGUAUGCUUUCAAAGCGUGUCACCCCAAGGUCAAGAGCUUCUACUUUGCAGCAGAUGGAGUGGACGACAUGAACAGAUGGCUGAGUCGUCUCAACAUGGCGGCUCUGGGCUACGCUGAGCGUGAGAGGAUGCGUCAGGAGCAGGCAGAUUACUGGAGUGAGAGCGAGCAUGAGGAGGACACCACCUCCAGCCCCAAGCAGGACAGCCCCCCACCUCCGUAUGAUACCUACCCACGGCCUCCAUUAAUGAGUGCCUACUUGGAAGGCAGAACCACUCGACUCUCUUCCACGGAGACGUCUCGCUCACGCUCCUCCCAGGAGGACUUCCUGUGUGGCGAGCCACCCGCCGUGGCCGCCGAGCCGCAGUACCACCCUGGUCCCCUAGGGGGAGGCACCAUGCACAGCGGGAGAAAGCCAGGGGGCAGCAGCAGCAGUGACGUGCAGUACAGAUGUGAUCCUGUAGAGUACCGUUCCAGUCCUGCGGGGGGCAGCAGCGAGACGGGCUCCCCGGGCCGCUCGUCGUCUUCUCAGAGACGUUCUUGGCAGGACCUGAUCGAGACGCCGCUGACCGAGGCCGGACUGCACUACCUACAAACAGGGCCGUUAGAGGACGCAGUGUUUGCCGAGCCCGGUCCCGGAGGCGGCACCAUGCCGGUCGGAGCCGUGUACACUCUCCCGGCUCAGAGGAAUGUCCCGCUGCCCAUGGCCAUGCAGAGGCUGAUCCCUAUGGCAACCCAGGGAGGGAAACCCCGCAGCUUCACGCUGCCGAGAGACAGCAACCUACACACACUGCUCACGCCCCCUGCCAAAGAAGUGCAGCUAACGUACAAUGGCGGCAGUGAAGGUGCGUCCCUCGGCGACCUGUUCCGGGCCUGCGAGCAGAGCGGCGUUUGCCCUCUAGGUCGCGGGUCGGAGGCCAAAGGUCAGUCGGAGUUCAGGCAGUCGUUCCUCAGACGGGCCGCCGACCCUCAGCUCAACGAUCGCUUGCAUCGCCUGAGGAUCCUGACCUCCACACUGAAGGACAGGGAGGGGGAGCUAGCGUUGAUUGACAGGCUGUUGGCCAAUCCCCAGCUGUCAUCGGCUGAGUUCCAGGAGUGGAAGAGAGCCUAUCAGGAGCUGUUCUCUCAAGAGCCAGAGCCCGCCGCUGAAUCAGACCCCGGCCCGCCCCCACUGACCCCCUCGCUCUCUCACACACACUCCUACAUCGAGACCCAUGUCUGACCUGUAACGUACACACACAGACACACACAUGCACACACAGAACCGCACACAGUACAACUUAAGCUCCUCAUUUCCCAAUUCUGGUACGAGUUGACCAAGCUGCAGCCGAUGUUUCGAUCAGCGACGGACUGUCUCUAAAGAGGGACGUGAGGACGACCUGAUUCAGGACUCCACGGCGUUCAAGUGCAAUAGGACAUUUUUCUGGGAAGACGCCGUCAUGUCAACGAGCUGAUUGGUUGAACCACUGCAGCGGCUGUAAAGCAUUAAGUGUUUGCUUCUGCGCUCUUUAGGCUCAAACCCGUGGAUAUAAGGGAUUGACUCGACUUUCUCUGGAAGAUGUUUGUCUCCUGGUUCCUUUUUGACGGGGACAAAUUUCCGAGCCGCGUGUCCAUGAGCUGCCAUCACAGUGUCUCAUUCUGCUUCUUGUGCCAGUACGACAGUGGUCAAAUAGCCUCAUACAUGGUUUCCCAUCAUGCCUUAAGCCGCGUUGUCUGCCUGCGUUUCCACCGUGCUCCGAAGACCAAAUUAUCCUGCUGAUGUUUUAAAAACCGACAGCUACAACAAGCUGUUCAAUUCCAGUCCACCAGGUGGCGAUACUGCAUGAGACUGUCCGAUGAUGAUGACGCAAUAUAAAUCAAGCCACAACAAACUCGGAUGAGAUUCAUAUGAUUUGGAAAAAAGAAGAGAACGAGUAACAAAAUGGAUUCCGAACUUAUGGAAAGGAAACUGAUUUUAUGAGUUACUGCGGAUAUUCAGUGUUCCAUCUUUUUUUCCCUGAACUAAAUUUGGACCCAGGUCCCAGCGGUGGAGACGAAGGGGUUCAAACCAAGGAUCCUAGUUCUCGGGGGAAACUUCCUGAGGUGGAAACGCAGCUUCACACUCGAUGUCUGUGACGAUACUUUUCUGUAGAGUGACAAUUACAGCAGAGAACAAUGGGUUCAUUGUUUAAAAAAAAAAUCUGCUUAGAAUUAGUUUCUAUCUAGUUUUAGAGACUUGUUCUGGUUCGGUAGAGAUUUGUUCUGUGCUCGGCUGGACCUGGAGCAUGCACACUCGAUAAGGAAACAUUUAGAGGAACAACCACCCUCAGAACUCUUUAACACUGUUCAUGUUGCAUUCAGGAACCUGUGUUGGUUGUUUUUAGGCUAAUAUAACGUAUAAAUAUCAGUUAGAAAACGAGGAGGGAAAGUCUCCAGUUGCUUUCAAGCCAUAGAGUAAAUUUUCAUGACAUUUUGAAUAUCCGGAUGUAUGAAAUUGAA